AUGUUCAAUGUUGCAUCUGGUGGUGACCAGAACUCCGUCGUGAGCGGCGUCGGUUGUGUCGUCGCCGUCGCUGGUGGCCACGCCGUCGCUGUCGACUGUACGUGUGUACUCCGUAGCUGGGAUGUCGGCACGCUGUCUUGGUUCUUGGUGCUGCAGCAAGGACGACGACCAAGCCCGCGCACCCAGACACUCGAUGGCCAAGGAUACCGACGUGGACUUGGAGAGCGUUUCCUUAUAGACGACGCCGGAAAACCACGAUUGGUCGAAUUGCGCGACGAGGUCGACAACCGGCUACCGGCCGGCUGA